UGCCUGCUACAGACGCCCUUGCCCCGGCUCAAGCAAUAACACUGUUGGCGCAGGUGCGCGCUUUGGCAGGAAUCGACCGAUUGACAGGAGAAACCCCGGAAACGACGGAGCAGGGCUGCCACCCUCUGGCGCCGGGCUCGUCGCGGCUGCUUCGCGAGGGUCCACAAUCUGGCUCUGUCGGGACUGGAACCGACGAUCCAUCACGUUCUAGUUACAAACUCCUAACAUCACAAGAGCUAUCUCACCCGAAACUGUACUCAACUGAUGAAGAGUAAGUAAGGUCUUCGGAAUACUGAUGCCAAGUGACGUCCCUUCCUCUCGUCCUUCACUACUCUCUUCGCUACGGGAGGAGCCGCAAGGAAGGUGGGAGCCGUACUUGCUAGUCAAUUGCCAAGCAGUCGCAAUGGGUGUACCUGCCGGUGAUGUGGAAAAAGGCAAGAAGAUUUUCGUUCAAAGAUGUGCACAAUGCCACACUGUAGAAGCGGGCGGCAAGCACAAAACUGGUCCCAAUCUUCAUGGUCUUAUCGGUCGCAAGACCGGUCAAGCCGCUGGCUUCAGCUAUACAGAUGCCAACAAGGCGAAAGGUAUCACAUGGAACGAGGAUACAUUGUUCGUCUAUCUUGAAAACCCAAAGAAGUACAUCCCUGGCACCAAGAUGGUCUUCGCUGGCUUGAAGAAACCUCAAGAACGAGCUGAUCUUAUUGCGUAUCUAAAAGAUUCGACGAAGUAGGCUCAAAUGGUUUUAAAUUAUUAAAAUAGUAAUAUAAUAACUACCCUCUGGCUAGGGAAGUGGACUUGUAUGUUAAGAAUUAAUAGAAUGUAGUAUGUGACUUAAGUAUACUGAAACAUCAAGUAUUCAGCAGUACAAAUUCAUCCUGACAGUUCAUGGAAUCGUGUUGUCAUCAGUAAAAUAACUUAACUUAUUUCAUAUUUUAUGUCUUGUAAUAUUACUGGAAUUCUGUAUUGUGUAAAAGUUUCCAUGUACUCAAGUUCACAAAACUGCUAUUAAUAAAUGGAAACAAUUGAAAAUUGUUUAUAUUUCCAUUAACCACAUUCCAAUUCCAUUUUAUUUAUUGAACCUCUGAAGCUUUACAAAAUGUGUAGAUUAAUAUAUUGGUUUUCCAGUUGCUUCAAAUUGUUGGCAGACCCAAAUUCCCAAUAAAUUUGUAAAGGUCAUGAAUUCUAGGAAAAAUUAUUUCAUGGUAUUACAUAAAUUUUGCUCAACAAUCAUGUCUAACAUAAGUUAUACAUAGUAUUUUUGCUAUAGAGCAAUGUUGAACACCAUAAAUUUGCCACUUCUGUAAGUGGUAGUAAGUGAAUGCAGAAAUUUACUUUCAGAAAGUACUGGUAUUGUGACUUAAUACAUUUUGUAAUCGGUAGAGUGUUGGUAAAUCAGAAAAGUUGAAUUAUUGUGAUUUGGUUACGUCAGUGAAGCAACCUGAGUUGAUUACUUAAAAUGCAGUUUCAGAAGGGCCCAGAAUUUUUUCAAAAGACUUCUCAUGCAUUGUGAACUGGGUAGUUAAGGUGUACAUGCUAACUUCCAUUAGUUCAUUUCUCCAGCAUACUUUGACAGUAAACACCAAAUAUCUUUCAGUGACCUUUAAACAUAUGAAUCAGAUAAGAUAAAAAUUUUUUGACUGAUACGAUCGGAAUAGUAUGAUCCUGUGAAGGUCUAUUGAUGGAACCAAUUUGUAAUGAAAAGAAACAGGAGAAUGGAAGUGGCAGUCACUGGUCAUCAAAACAACGCUUUAUAUUCAAACUGACUCAAAAUCAUAGAGUUUAAAAUUGGAUUAGUAGCCAUUGAAGUUUGCAUGGGGGGGGGAAUUUCAUUUUAACAUGGAACAGUUUGUUAAUUUUAAUUGAAACUGACAAAACCAUCAAGACAAUUAAAAAGAGUUACAUUAUCUGACCAGUCAUUCAAAAAUUAUAUUGGCUUUUUAUUGACAAAAACUUGGUUUUAAUUAUUUUUCACCCUUGGUCACUUUGGCAAAGAAUAUUCAAUUUAUUCAAAGAAUAUAAUCAAUCUUAAUAUAAUUAAAAACCUGUUUAUGGCCGACUUUUCUCAUUUAAAAAAUAUCAACCACGUAAAAAUGGAACACAAAACGUAAGAUGUUAAAAAAUCAUUGGCUACAUAAAAUUGAGGUUUUGAAAACAUCAUUGAUGUCGCAUCCAAAUUGGCUGUUGCAAAAGAGGUAAUUCAAUGUAAUGUCACUUGCUUCAAUUUAAAUAAUACUUUUUAUAAUUUUAAUUUGUGAUCAGAUGAAAAGCAUGAACUUUUCUAAUCAGGUUCUCUUUAAACUGUACAUUUACUUUACAUCAUGUUACUGUACAUGUAUAUCCGUGGUAUUGUAAUUUGAAUUAUUUAUACAUUUUUUUCUUUAAUUUUUGAAGAAACAAGUAUGAUUGUACAUUUUUCUAUUAUUGAUUUACUGUAAUUUGAAUGCCAGAAGGCAACAUUAUAUAUUACUGUAUACAAUAAUACAUUGGGUUUUGAAUAGAGAUUUAAGCAUUGAUAUCAAUGAAUAAAAAAACAAUUAUGGGGUUUUCAUAACAUGCAACAGAAAUUAAUUUUUUUUACAAAAAAUAGAUUAAUCUCAAGAGGAUUAAAUGAAAGAAUUGUGAAGCCGUACCUCAAAAACGAAUCAUUUUGCAUCCUGUCAUCAUCCAUCUUUCUGUGAUUUAGUUAGUAGGUAUAUGCAUUUGAUUAGUGAAUCAGUCAUGGAGUGUGCUGCUGUUUUACCUUAAAUAUGAGGAAUGAUCCUAAAUUCCAUAACAUGGAUGAAACCUAGUAUGUUUUUCCUAUGUUAAAGCAGUAAAACUGCUUUAUUCUGUGAUUAUCUGUCACUCUUAUUAAAUUACUAUUUCUUAGGUUUCUGACCAGACAUUUUUUAGACAGUCAGUUAUUACUACAAUAAUUAAAAACGCACAAUAAGCAUCCUUCAAACAUAUUUUCUCUUAAUUAAGUUUAAACCAUAUUUAUUAAAGUAUUAUAUCAAUUUCAAAAGUCUUUCCAUCUCUCUCAAUGUUUUGAGGUAUUUCUGUUUCUCUUC